AAAUGAUAUCACCAGUCUCGUUUGAGUUUAGCAAGUGUCCUGUAAUCGUUUUAUAAUUGUGUGCCAAAUAAAAGAGAAUGUUUAAAAAACAGAAAAAACCUUCAAAAUUAAGUAGUGUACAAAGUGAUAAACGCAUUGAUCCUGUGCCAAGACCUCCAGUAUCUCCAGUUUCACCGGUUACAAGAAGUACAUUACAAUUUUACUGUCAACUAGCACAUGGCAGUCCAACAGCGUUUGUGUCAGGUUUUUCUAAUAUAAAAGAACUUUACGAACGAAUUGGUGAAUGUUUUAACCUUCCUGCCUCAGACAUCCUAUUUUGUACUCUAAAUACUUACAAAAUUGAUAUGACUAAAUUAUUAGGAGGGCAAAUAGGACUUGAAGAUUUCAUUUUUGCACACUGUAGAGGAAGGCCGAAAGAAGUUGAACUAACAAAAUCGGAAAGUGCCUUAGGUUUAACAAUUACAGACAAUGGUGCUGGCUUUGCAUUUAUUAAAAGAAUAAAAGAAAACUCAAUAAUUCAAAAUAUUCCUCACAUUAAAGUUGGCGACCAUGUAGAAAAGUUGAACGGCGUUAAUAUGGUUGGUAAAAGACAUUAUGAUGUUGCAAAAGCGUUAAAGGAUAUUCCAGUUGACACUACAUUUGUAAUUAGGCUAGUUGAACCAAUAGAAAGUGGCUUCUCAUCGAUUGCUCCUAAAAGUAAUAAAUCAGGUGGUAGUAAAAAGGGAUAUGGAAGUGGCAAAGAAACCUUAAGAUUUAAAGCAGAUGGUAAUGCAGAAAUUCAAGAACAAGAUGAUGCCAUGGAUAUUGGAAUUGAAAAGAUUAAUGGAAUUUUGGAAACGUUUUUGGGAAUAAAUGACUCGGAACUUGCAGCGCAAAUAUGGGAUCUCUCUGUCGACAAACAAAAUUCCAUGGACUUUGCGGAAGCCAUUGAUGAUUCAGAACUUGCCAGUUUUAUGUUCACAGAUGAAAUUGUUAUUGAAUUGUGGGGAGUUAUCACAGAUGCAAGAGAUAAAAGACUUUAACUUUUUAAAUAAAAAUUAUGUAUUUAUAUAAAAAUUUACAGCUUUAUUUUUUAUAUAUUAAAUCUUACAUUCAAUUA